AUGUCGGCAGGUGGAGACACCAAAAUGAGACUAUCUCAGUAUCAACUCUCCUUUACCCGAAGUCCCAACAGAACAGUGCACAUUAUCUGCAAGCUCUCCGGCGUUCCCCUCAAGAAUGCCAUUGUGCACUGGUACCAAGAAAAAGAAGGGGAGCCCCUGAAACGAAUCUUCUAUCGCUCAUCCAAGAAUUACAAGAAUGAGAAGCCCAAUUCCCGCUUGGAGACAGAUAAGAAAGACGAUGGUAUCUUCUACCUGAUAAUUAAUAAUGUUGCUCAGUCAGAUGAAGCCACAUACUAUUGUGCCUGCUGGGAUCUCACAAUAUUUGGAGAUGGCACUAAGCUCACAGUAACACCUCCCGGUAAAACCCCUGCUGGAGACAUUUUCCCCAAGCCCACUAUUUUUCUUCCAUCAAUUGCUGAAACAAACCUCCAUAAGGCUGGAACACAUCUUUGUCUUCUUGAGAAUUUUUUCCCUGACGUUAUUAAAGUGUAUUGGAAAGAAAAAAAUGGCAAUACAAUUCUGGAAUCUCAGCAGGGAAAUACCAUGAAGACUAACAACACUAUGCAGGGAGCUCUGGACCUCAGCUGCCACACAGAACAGGUGAAACUAGCUGAACAACUUUUCUCAGAAGCACUGGGGCAGCAGCUCACCGGCACCUCUGUCUACUACACCUACCUGCUCCUGCUCCUCAACAGCGUGGUCUACUUUGCCUUUGCCGCCUUCUGUCUGUUUAGAAGAACAGCUUCUGAGAGGGCCCAGAGGUCCCCAGAAUCACCUUGUGAAAGUAUCCGGUAUAUCCAGGUGUACGUCUGA